AUGGACGAGGAAACUAAAAAAGCAAUUGCCGAAGCCAAGCAAAACUCCACUCCCGAAAAUAGGGCCAAAGCCGAAGAAAAGAUUUGCCAAAAUGGAGCCAAUAAUAAAUUAAGUAAUCUGAUAACUAAUAUUAGAAACAAACUAAAAAAAAGUAAUUUAACCAAGUCGGAAAAGGAAGCCGUCAUCAACGAGAUAAUCAAAUUUAUUCUUGCUGAUAAUAAAUACCAAAAAGAGGCUUAUAAAAUCAAAAGGCAUGAAGUGGAUGCUUUGUUGGCUGAACUGCGCGGGGAAAAAGAAAAGCAGGAAGGAAUUUCCGUGACAAGAUUGAAGUAUCUUGAACUACAUGAAAGUCAAAAAUAA